AUGGCAGAGUGCGAGUCCAGUCCACAGAGCACUCAGCUGGUCCUGCCGCGGCCCGGUUCCGAGCCCAGCACCGGGGAGGAGCGGGAGGAGGAGGAGGACAGGCAGGACGGGGACGCUCUCUCUGCGCUGUUUGAACGCGGAUGGAGGACGCUGCAGGAGCUGGACGUGACGCACGAACCUCUGUCCGCGACCCGGCUCCAGGAGCGGGUCCGAAGGGACAUCCGCGGACUGGAGACUGCGUCCAGCAGGGUGGCCCAGCUCGAACUGUUCAGCCGCAACGAGGAGCUAGAGGAGGUGUGCACCUCGGAGCUGAAGUACCUGCUGCUGCCUGCUCUGCUGGGGGCGCUCACGCUGAAGCAGUGCAGUCUGGAGCGCCGUCUGGACUUCCUGAAAACUGCCAGAGUUUACUUUGUGGAUUUUCUGCAGAGAUGUAAAAACUACAACAUCUCCCAGUUCAACAUGCCCAAAACCCAGGAGGCUGAGGCCGAGAGCCCAGCCCCAUCUGCCCCGCCUGGGCAGCCAAACCUGGUGGCCAUGGCAGCUCAGAGACAGGCCAAGAUCGAGCGCUAUCGUCAGAAGAAGGAGGUGGAGUCUCAGUUGGAGGCGGUGAAGAAGGCCGUGGAUGGUGGGCAGGCGGACGAGGACACCACCCGGCGCUACUACCUGCUUCAUCUGCGCCGCUGGAUCAACCUCAGUCUGGAGGAGGUGGAGAGCAUCGACCAGGAGCUCCCCAUUCUCAAGAACAUGUCUGUCCUGAAGAACACUCCGCCCGCCCCCCCCAGCAGACCCCCCAUGAAGCCCUUCAUCCUCACCAGAAAUGCCGUCCAGGCAAAAGUGUUCGGAGAAGGAUACCCCAGUCUGCCCACUAUGACCGUGGACCAGUGGUAUUCAGAGCACCAGAAACGCGGCAUGCUGCCAGACCAAGGCAUCCCCCGCAGUGCGAGUGGGGACGAAGACAGAGACCCCGCCUCAGUCCAGGCGGAGCAGGAGGAGAGACGCGCCGAGCGGGACGACCCGGAGAGUCUGCACAAAGCCCGGUCCUGGGACGAUUACAAAGACACUCACCGACGAGGCUACGGGAACCGCCACAACAUGGGCUGA